AUGAAAUUGUCCUCUUGCAUAACAUAUGUUUCAAUAUUGUGUAAUUUAAUAAUAGUUGGUCGUUUUUUGUAUUCUUCAUUUUUGUUUUUGUUUAGUGAAAAUAUUUUAAAUUAUUUUGAAAGGAAUAAUCCUUUUAUUCAUAGGAAAAAAUAUCUUAUUCAUAAAAGGACCCAACCAAUUUUGCAUUCUUCAAAAUAUAGACAUCCAUAUGAAGGUUCAUUCAAAAAGAAGGUAAUUUAUGACAAUAAUUAUUUUGGAAUAAGAAAAGAAAUAAACUUGGUUCAUUAUAAUAAAUUCUCUUUUUAUGAAUAUUUAUUUUUGCUUCUUUUUUACAAAAAGGGUAUUCACAAAAUUUUUGAUUAUGUUUAUGUAUAUUAUUAUAAAACAAAUAUAUUUGAUUCCUUAUAUAAUUAUAACAAUGAAUAUGUUAAAAAUAAUUUACUCUUUGCUUUUGCAAAGGAUAUAAAAAAAUAUUUCCUUAUUUUUAAUUCGAAUAUAAAAAAGCUCGAUGUCCAGCUAGCUAUUUUAAUAAAAAAAAAAAGAAGAAAAAAAAAAAAAAGAAUAUAUGAACAAAAACACUUGGCUAGCUAUUCAUCAAAAUUAGAGAGAACUACAAAUGGAAAUAAAUAUAUAAAUACAUAUGAUGGAAAUGAAGAGGAGAAUAUUUUUGUGCAUGAAGAAAUUAAUACAGCGUAUGGAAAUUAUGAAGGGAAACCUGUUUUGAAUUCAAAAUAUUGUCUGAUAAAAAAAAUAAAAAAUAUAUUAAAAAAGAAAACGUUAAGGAAAAGUAACAUAAAUAAAUUGGACGUUAUUCAUCUUCCGAUUGAUGAUGAGAGUGUAGAGAAUAAAAAUAAUGUAGAACUAAAUAAUUAUGUAUGUAAAUCAUGUAUAAUUGAUAUAGAAGAAAAGUCAUUAUAUGCUUUAAAAAUUCGAGAAGAAGAAAAAGAAAAGGAUAGUAAUAAUAUAUCUUUAUAUAAAGAAAAAUCAAGACAUAUUCAAAUAUAUUACGAUUAUGAAGAUAUGCAAGAAUAUAUUAUGAAGAAAAAAAAAAAAAAUGAAAAAAAUGAAAAAAAUGAAAAAAAAAAAAAAAAGAAGAUUAUGAUGAGAAAUUUUAAUAAAUCAAUUUCAGGAACAAAACCAAUUAUCAAUACACCAUAUUAUGAACCGUUGAAAAACAAUUACCAGAUGAUUAAUUUUACAAAACGUUUAUUUUUAUCAAAUCCAAUGAAGAUACAAGAAAAAGGAUUUGAACUAAAUAGAUAUUAUCCAAGAAGAGUAAAUUAUCCUAUGAAAGAAAAGUUGGGUACUGGGUCUUAUGGAGAAAUAUGGUAUGCUAUAAAUAUAAAUAAGAAUUCACAAUAUAAAGAUGUUGUAUUAAAAAAAUUUCUUAUAACCAAAGAUGAAGAAACAUCUGAAUUGAAUGCUAUGAGAGAAGUAUAUUUUGGUGAGAUAUUAAAAAAUUGUGACAAUAUAAGUAGAUUUAUUGAAUAUUUUAAAGAAUAUGAAAUAAAUGAAACUGUAAAUAAGAAAAAAGAAGAAUACAUUUAUUUUUGGUUAGUAUUUGUAAAUGAAGGAUAUUCAUUAUCUAAGCAUUUAUUUGAUACAUCUUCUAGUACCUUAGGCUUAGUUACUCCUAGUGCUUUAUGGUGGAGUAUUAAAAAACAGAACAUAGGUAUGUUAGUAUUAAAAGAUUUAUUACGUCAAAUAUUAAAUGGUAUAUAUAUAGCUCAUAAAAAGGGUAUAACGCAUAGAGAUAUUAAAAUGGAAAAUAUAUUUGUCUCAUCAACUACACCAUUUACUGUACGUAUAGGUGAUUGGGGUAGUGCUGUUGAAUAUAAAAAUGAACACUUUUCUUUUAUACCUUCAAAAGAUGAAGAAACAAAUGGUUAUCAACCUCCUGAGUCUUUAUUUGGUCAUAUGAAAAAUAAUUUUAUGCGUUUACCUUAUUAUGAUAUGUGGAGUAUCGGAAUAGUUUUCUUACAAUUUAUUUUAGGUACAAAAAAUCCAUUGGAAGUAAAAGAUAAAGAAAGUGAACGUAGAUUAAAAAAAAUAUUUUCUAAAUAUCCUAUUGAUAUAUUAAAAGAAGCUAUAUUUUUACAGAGUUUAUCUGAGCUCUGUUUAACUCCUUGGGUAAAGAAAUCUACACAUAAUUUGAUACGUUUACAAAAAAAAAAAAAAAAUAAAAUAAUACAUGAGUGUGAUAGGUAUGAUAUAACUAUUAAUGAUGUACAUGAUGUUUCACAUAAUAAUAAUAUCAAUCCUUAUAAUCGACCUAAUCAUAUUUAUAGGAAGCAUUUUUUUUCAACAAAAUCUUCAUAUAAUUCACUAUAUACAAAUAAUAAUAAUAAUUUCAUUAUGAAUAAAUUAAAAUAUUAUAUUACCAACGAUUUAAUUAAUAUAAAAAAACAAUCCUUUCACAAUAUUUAUAAUAUCAUAUCGGAUAAAUAUAAAUCUUUAAUAUCCUUACCAUCAUCACCAUUAUGUUCUGAUGGUAUGUGUCUACACAAAUAUGACCAAGCAUAUGACAAGAAAAAUAUAACACAACCAAAUGAUACAGGUCUUAUAUGUUUGAAUAAAUAUAAACUCUUUUUUAGUGAAAAUCAAAAAAAUAUAUUACCAAAUUAUACAUGUGAUGAUGAAAAGUUUCAAAAUAUUCUUAAGGAUAGGGAUCCUUCAGGUGUAGGAUUACCAAAUAAAAAUGCAAGAGAUCUCUUACGACAGCUCUUAAAUUUUGAUUAUGAAAGCAGGAUAACAGCAGAGCAAGCUUUAAAUCACCCUUGGUUCCAAGAAAAUUAA